AUGGAAAAAUUGAAUGGGGUUGAUGUGGAUGCAGAAACCAAGAGACUUAUGGCAGCGAGUAACCGGGACCUGGUCACGAAAGACAUCCCCUCCACCGUAAAUGCCUUCCAGGAAGCAAGCAGCCUUCUGGGGAAGAAAUACGGGGAGACGGCUAACCAGUGUGCAGAUGCCUUCUACUUCUAUGGGAUGGCUCUGCUGGAGCUGGCACAAAUGGAAAACAAUGUCCUGGGUAACACUCUGGAGGGAGUGCCAGAAGAGGAAGAUGAAGAGUCUGAUAAGGACCGUAAUAUCCACAGUGCCUCCAACCACGAUGAGAAAGAAAGGGAGGAGGUAGGAGUGCAGGUAUAUGAUGCUAUGUCCGAGAAGGAUGAGAAGGCUAACAAAGAGAAUGGAGACUCGAAAGAAACAAAGACUGAAGAAGCUAAGGCUGAUGAGUUGCAGUGGGAGAAAUCUUCAGACGCUGCCGAGAACAAAGAUAGGGCUGAAGGAGAGUCUGCCUAA